UGGACGAUGGCAACGAAAAAAAAGACUGAGAAGAAUAGUAAACACAAACAUCGUGUGCCCCAGUUUCAUCGAUAGCCGUUCCCAACACAUGCGACACGCGUCGCGCCGCGGCGGCUGUCAUGCGCCGGCAGCAAUGUGCCCCAAUGGCAGCCCCGACAGUUGUCGUCAACAGCGUAGACGUGGGCAGGCAGAACACCGCUGUACCUUGAAGAGAUGGCGCAACUCUUUGACGAGGGCGAAGCGCAGACGAUGGCGACCACUUGUCCACGGGGAACGCGAAGACGGGGUGUCGAAACUCCGACAACUGGAGCGCACGAGCAGUCGGAAGGACGGCAAUGACGCGACGACGAGAGGAGACAGACGCUGUACCAUGAAGGACGGGAGCAGCUCGUUGGCGACGGUAAAGCGCAGGCAAUGGCGGACACGUGCUGAUUCAGAACGCAAGGACAGGGUGUCCUGUCUUCGGAAGCUGGACAUCGACUGGGAUGAAGAGCGGAAACUCAGAAACCCACACUCGGAAACACGUGGCGCGACUGCGAGGCAGCGAAGACGAUGGCCGAUGUCGCGGAGGUCACAUCGCGUUGGAAUGCGCUCGUGGGAGGGAGAUGCGAAUGGGCUACAUCCAACCCAGGACACAAUGUCUUCGUCAAGAGGCGAGGAGCAGCCUAUGGGGACCUCGGGGAGGGAGUCGACGAACACAAAAUUGUGGUCGAAUCAUGCGCACACGAAGUGUUUCGUCGAUUGGUGCUUCGUCGAAGAUUACGAGCCCAUGAAACCGCCUUGCGGUCCUGUCAUCUUCGUGGAAGAUAGAAAAGGACGAAGAGUGCUCGGCUCGGUCAAGGGAUGGCAGCCAUCGAAAAACCACGACAAGCAGUGCUACCUGAUGCAUGUCGUUUACAAUUCGAAGGGCGACGUUCUGGCAGGUGCAAAAGGGGCGAUUCUCUCGUGGGAUCUGUUCCAGGGGUUUGGUGGGGGGGCUUUGAGGACCCCUUUCUACACUGAAGUCGUGGAGGGAGGUCUUGUUUCGGCCAGGGAGUUUUUCGACGAGGUCGAGAGGAGCGAUUUCGACCUCGACGAUCACUGCCAAAUUUCGAGUGACCUGCAGCUGUCGCUUCCUGUGCAAAUGUGCUCCGGGUUCAUUUCCAGUGGUUCAGUACAGCCCCGGCAGGGUGAGGAAAUGGGUUCCGGUGGUUCAGUACAGCCCCGGCAGGGUGAGGAACGCGGUCGCUUCGAUGACAGCGAGGAGGAAGAAGAGGAGGACACGCGAGUUUCGCUGCAAAGACUCGGAGAUCGCGGAACCCUGAGAAUUUCGGGGGCUGAGAGAGGGGCAACGGUCGUCGAGCAGCCGUCGACGUCGGGUGGCCAUCGCGGCUUGGGGUCGGAGGACAGGACAGUUGGCGUCGUUACCGGCAGGGAGGGAGGGGAACAGCAAUCUACACAAAAGAGAAGGGGAGGUUCUGAGGGGGAGGCGUCGGGAGCUAAAAAGAAGCAGAAGACAAAGACCCCACAGAAGUUAGGGGGUAAAAGGAAGGGAGCUGAGGGGCAUGUCGGCGCGUCGAGUCAAAAGCGCCCGGCCUCGGCUCAGAAGCCACCCCAGUCGGCCCCUGUCCAGCCCAGAGGUGUCAUCGACAUCGACGCGGCAUACUUCCUGGAAUGGAAAAACGGUGUGCGAACAAAGCGGGAGUUCGCCAUUAACCCGUCGCAAGUCAUCGACAUCGGCGAGUGGGAGGCGGCAUACAACCAGCAUUCCUUGGAUCCCGUGCAAAUACAGGACAUUAUUGACGCAAUGACGACGGCCUACUCUCAGACUGAGAAGACUUACGAGCUGCCGACACUAAAGCUCGCGCCUCUCGGGCUGGUUAAACCGUCUCCCGGGGUGCGGGCGGAUCGUCUGAAGCCGGAGGACUGGAAGGACGAGCUGGCAGGGCAAUACUACUACUACGCUAUGGCGGGCCAGCAUAACACGGCUGUGGCCAGGGCGCUGCUUGGCACCGAUGUGGCGGUGAGGUACAACUUCGAGCGCUGGCCUGCACGAAUGGUGUACUUCUCGGACGAGGACUUUGAGGGGUACUUUCUGGUCAGCGUCGAGGACAACAAGAAAGACCUGAAGGCCCCUCCGAGACAGCUGAAACUCUCCAUGAGAGAUAUUUGGUGGUGUUGGAAGGAAUUGGGUUACCCGAAAGCUGUUAUGGGUAACCCCAGCGGGAAACAGGCGCAGUCUGCCCGUUUCCCAGACAGUGACUGGACCACUAACUACCCCUUCCUGAAAAAACGAGGGGCGAUUUUGGCAAAGUUUGAAGGGCAGGGGCUGGAUGCAGCGUUGUGGGACGGGAGCAGGAAACUUGUCAGCGACUUCUCCUUGUUCAAGGACUUUCCCCCCUACAUGGGUUGCGAGGACGGCAAGUCGAUCAAGGCGACAGAAAAGCUAGUCCAAAACAAGAAGUUGCCCAUCGACUGGAAGAACAAGGUCCUCUCCGUGUUGACCAGCAGCAGGUCGAAAAGCAUGGAAGUCGCGCUGGCCGAAGGGAUGGUGCACAUUCUGUGGAACGACUCGAAGGACGUCACAACUAUUGCCCCGUUCGGCGUCGACCCUCUGGAUGCGCAGAUGAAGGUCGUGGAGUUGGAGAGGGCGGUCGGAAUCACGAAAUGCCACACGUUCGUUCUCGACUUGUGCGAACCUGUGGACAUCAAACAGUGGACAGCUAAAGUCUUCGAGAGUUUGAAUGCCCUCCUGGAGCACUUGUUCCCCUCGCACUUGACAGUAGUCGCGUUUGUCCCCUGUGAGCACGACUACUACUUCAUGACCAGCCUGCACCAUCUGUCCGUCGUGAAGGCAAUGACCGGGAAGUGGGUGAGGAGGACGCAGCAGAAGAAAAGUUUCGGUGUUGGCCACAACUUGUACUCCUUGGACGACCGCAUGUACAUCCUUUUCAAAGGCGACGACUUGCGGGAGAACACAUCUGUUGUCUACGACGCGAGGUUGGCGGCGGGUGAUGCUGCCGCGGUGGGGGCACUUCAGAAAGUGACUCCCACUGAGAUAUCCGACAUGCCGUUCGACGCUUGUGAAUGGCCCGUCGUAAUACAUGGGCGUGAUCCCGUGGUGUUCAAGGGCCAUGAGCGGAACCCCACACAAUUCGCCCAUCUGCUGGAAUUCCUUUGCAAAAAGGGAGACGGCAUCAUGUUCCUCGGGAAAGCGCACGCACAAGUCAUGUGGGAGGUUUUGAAGGGUGGUCGCAACGUCAUCGCGUUGGAGGGGAAUUCGGAGUGGUUGCAAUUCACGUUGGAUUUCCUGAAAACCGCGGUCAACUCGGGAGCAUACCGCUGCGAGUUCAUUACGAAGAGUGAGAAGCCGAGACGCGUUUGGGAUCCUUCGACGGACAUGUGGUUCAAGCUAAGCGCCCGGAAAAGGAGCAGGAUCUACGAGUUCCUCUUCUUGGAGAAGCGUCCUGCGAGGGGCACCGACAUCGAGUAUAUGCGCCGCAAGCAACACAUGUUGGUGCUGCUAGACAACUAUCACGGCGCCACGCGGCUGAACGCGAAGAACUUUCUGGACCGACUGGAGUUAUUGUACUUUGUCGAAUCCGAGCCAGUCUUGAGGCUCGAGAGUUACGGUGCCUUGAUUGACGCCGACGAAGAGUCCCUCACCGGUGUUGUCUUCGACACCGGUGCACCUGAGGAGGAUAGUGACACCGAGGAAAUUGACAUCGACUACCGCCUUGCUCUGGUGCUCCCAUCCCCGGCCUCCUCGUCGGCGAGUCCCUCAACAAACCGGCCUGCACAAUCGACGCCCGUGCGGAGGACCCCUAGUAAGCUGUUGGCGAGAUUGACACCUCGGCCUACUGCGCCUCCUCCUCUGCGUCCAGGGUGUCAAGUCCCCCUGCAACAUCCUUCUCGGAAGGAUGAGAACAUCCACUUCGAAGGGCACGACCACACGCGUUCCACGGAGGCAGACUGGGGUCAUGACAUGAUUUGGCACCCGGGGACGAUCCARCCCGCAAUUCGGGAGGGGGAGUGGGUCAUGGCCAUAGUCGACACUGACGGGGAAUGGAAGUCGUCCGAGCGCCUGGCCAAGUCCGACUACUUGGAUAUCGCGAGGAGUGAUGUGGUGGACAAAGUGACGUCAGAGAACAGCAACCUGCAGCCCGCCGACCCGGCCAUCAUUGCCACUGCUGAUCGCUUGUUUCGGGAACUUUAUGACAAGCAGUGGUUGGAACUAUCUGACGAUUUCUAUGACCUCGAGACGAGCCCUUCGAAGAAAAAGGUGAACUGGAAAGUACCCCCGAUCGUGCACAGCGGCGUGGGGGAAGGGGGGGUGAAUGUCACACACUCCCCAACAACAGGGAGCGGCAAGUCGGGUAAGUUCGUCCGCAUCCGAACUUCGCAGACGGAGGACCCAGUGCCCGUGGAGGCAGCAAAGUCGGCCGGCAUCCGCACUUCGACGACUCUGGAGCAGGCGGCCCUUCCCUCGUGGACUGCUUUCGGCUCCUCCGGUGAAGUGGGGCGGGGCUCAUGUGCAGGGCCUGUCUCCGCCGUGAAGGGCAAGUCCGCGGGGAUCGCUGCCAGGGCGGACGACGUUCAGGCGAGUGUACCGGUUCAAUGGAGCUCUACAGGAGCACAGGCGUCGGAGAUGGGCGCCGCCCUGGGUGUGGGGGAGGCGACGCCGCCGGCCCUUGGACAAGGCCGAUCUACGGAGUCACAGAGAGAGAUUUCUGGUGCAGCGCCGUCCGCCUUCCUUGCGACGAAGUCCGCCGGUAUCCGUACUUCGUCCGUGACGUGCCUGCAGGCGGAGGAGGCCGGGACAAAGGAAGGUGCUACGUCUGUUCAUACAGACGACCGCUCCUUGGGUUCCGCCUUGAUGCAGCUGCAAGGAGCCGAGUCGCGUGAGACUGACGGGGGGGAAGAAUGGGUGGAAGUCGAGGGCGGGGAAGAAGGGGGAGAAUGGGAGGAGGGGGGAGAAGGAGAUGAAGGGCGAGAGAAGGAGUUGAUUACAUUGUGCGACGGGGACGACGGUGAAGAAGGAGGACUCAGUAUUACAUACAAGGAAAGGGUGGAUGCCGGAGACAAGGAUGUCUGUGGGGAGACAUCUGAUUCGUUCGGUUUGGUGUACGCCAGACCAGGUGAAGGUGAUAUCGACGACGACGCGAUGACGAUGGAGAUGGAGACGCAGGUGGUUAGUGGCCUUUCCAUGGACCACGAAGAAUAUGACGCCCACCACCUGGCCACGGCGGUGCAUCCCCCCGAUGGGUGCGACGAGGCUAUCAUGACAGUGAGCCCGGCGAAAACGACUCGUCAUCUUAGCGUCAACGAGGUCAUCGAUAGCAUACAGGGCGACCUGCAAGCUAAAACACUUUCGUCCACCCCGUCAAAAGACGAUGCCCUUCUCAGCAACGAAACUUUCGCGGCCGGGGACUUGGCGCUCAUCCAGCCGUGCUUUCCGCUACCCUGGUCACCGCUCACAGGAGGAAGUGGGGGGGUUGUUGGGGGCCGCCAGCACGUCACGUCCCCGAAAAAGUGCAGGGUAGGCACUCCGGCCCUGGCUGUCCUCGCCUUACCAGCGCCCACGUCGCCGACGAAGGAGCAGAAAGAAAAACAAGCUGGUAAGCAUUGACGAUCGUCGCGAUGUCAGCACUCCCGUGUUUCGGGAUUGUCGACGCUGUCUGUCAACCCCCUUGUCGGUUUAUGCCCCACGUUAGAUGGACAAAAUUCCGCUUCACUUGUCAGCGAGGACCAAUUGGCCUCUUGUUCUUUAACACACCGUCACGCUUUAUUCUUCGACCGCUCAUCCGUUCCUCCCUCUACAACUCCUCUGUCGCCGUCUCGACUUUCUAUCUCUGGCCGACACCUGUAGUGCGCAUACCGGCGGACUACAAGACAUACCGUCUGAUAAACGAUUUUCGCAGCG